AUGCAGCGGCCUCCAAAGUUUGUUCUGUCUCCAAGGUGGAGUUGUGGAGAGAGUGCGUGUUGUUGUUGUUUUAUAUUUGAGAUCAAACAAGCUUUUGAAGCGACGGGAGAAGCAGCGCCCCACCUCUCAGGAUAUCAAGACAAAGGAGUCAUAAAUGAAGGGAGCUUAUAUGAAUGCACCAGUGACAAAAACGAAUGUGCAGCAAUUGCCCAAGGGAGUAUCAAGAGUGAUACUGACAACUUACAAGACGAUGGUACUCUCACACCCGCUGACCUAAUGGCGUUCGCAUGGCAGAUAGCAAAGGGAAUGGAGUUUCUGUCGCGGAAAGGAUUCGUCCAUCGUGACCUUGCGGCGAGAAAUGUUCUCGUUUGUGAAGGCAAGCUAGUGAAGGUGGCCGACUUUGGAUUAUCGCGUGACGUGUACGCUGAGAAAGUGUACCAUUCUAAAAAGAACAGAAAACUACCAAUCAAAUGGAUGUCACCAGAAGCCAUUCAUGAUCAGUUGUUCAACGCAGAGAGUGAUGUGUGGGCGUAUGGUAUUCUACUUUGGGAGAUUUUAACAAUCGGCGGAACGCCAUAUCCUACCAUAAGUAAUCAUAAACUGUUUGAAGCUCUGAAAUCUGGAUACAGAAUGGAAAAACCACAGAUGUGCUCAGAUGAAAUGUAUGAAUUGAUGCGACAGUGUUGGAAAGAAAAAGCCGCUGAAAGGCCUCCAUUCACUGACAUCCGGGAACAAGUUGAACGGAUGAUGUUACACGAUUGUCCUUAUUUGGACAUGGCUGACGUAAACUAUAGUUACGCGCCCUUCUAUGAAACUCUCAUUGACGAAAAAACGGAACUGGAAAGUAGUGCUUUCUAACUUAGAUGUAAAUUUGUAUGUAAGAUUUAUCGACGUCAUGACACGUCAUAUUAAUGUUACCACUCAGAUUCAAGGGUCAAUUCAUACCUCGCCGUGAGGAAUCGUCAUCUUUGAAUUCACCACCCUUGCAGGAAGUCAAGAAAAAUUAAUGAUAACAGAAUGUAAAAAACAACCCAAAUAUAGCCAAAAUUUUUACUUUUUCAUUAUAUUCUUGUAAAUCGUCUAUUCUCUUAGGUUGUAC